GACUCAGGUCCUUCUGACGCCAAGUCAACCACUAUCCACCGUCACCUCUCUCUGGCUAGCCCCUAAGGGUUGUUGUGAGGAAAGCUGAACAAUUGUGGCUUAUUAUUUGUCUUCUAUUAGAACCCCUACCUGCGGGGGUGGGGGAAGGAGAAGGAGAUCCACAGGAUAGAGAUUCAUGUUCAGUUUGCCUUUGGGGAGUAAUGGAGACUUAGUGUCCCUGGGUUAUGUGGCUCAGGCGGAACCGGCCCCCCCGAACACCUCACCCCACUCCACCCUGCCUCAUACGUCGGACUUUGAAAAGAAGAUGUGGGGACGCACGAUAGUAUGGGGCAGGGCCGGGUAGGAAAAAGCUCGAGACGUGGUUGGUGGCAGCUGGGGCAGUCUCCAUUUCCGUAGCGCUUUAAAACUGACAAAGCGACUGGAAUUGGUCGUGCAAAUAUUACAUGAGGAAAUGUGGCGAUGUGACUUGCACACCCACAAUUAUGUCAGAGACAGGAUUUCGAACCAGGUCCUCUGGCAUUGAGUCCAAGGUUUCCACUACCUCAAACUUCCCGUGCCCGGGGGUGGAAGGAGGAGGGGGACUUCCCAAGCCCAGCUGUCACCUCCGCCCCCGAGCCUGGCCGCACCCAGCUUUCAACCUGCCCGUCUGUCCCAGGACACUUUAGCCUCCACCACCUCUCAGAGCUAUAGGAUUGAGAGGACGAAGGGCGGAGGAGGACCUAGCUCUCCUCCGCCCAAGUCCUCAGAAACGGAAACAAUUGAUAGGGUCCCCUGCUCCCCAAAAGAAGGGAUCCCCGGGGUUGAUGACUACAGGAUCAAAGGGGAACACUUGCGAGGCACAGAGGGCUGCAGACACCUGAUUGAUGCCUGGGACACCCAGAGUAGACCCACCAGCCUCCAUCCCACAGCUUCAUCUGGGCUCGGCCCCGCCCAGUCUGGUGAUUGGCUACUAGUCCCCAGCUGAUUUGAAUGAACCAUUCAGGUCUCUACUCGGGGUUCUAGAACCCUACCCAUUUAACUCCUUCACUGCCGCAAGGUGGUGAGUAUAAGUGGAAAAGAGGCUCUUUUAACCCAAAGGACUGCCAGAUUCAAGGGGUGACGUUGGCAAACCGUGUCAGGAUCAUGGGGUAGCCAAGAGAGUGAGCCCGGGGUUCCUUGGAUUCUACAGGGGCUCCGGGAGCUACCGAGUCGGUGUUGGGCGACGGUGAAUGCGGACAAAAAGUUCCCAAAACCCUACCCCAAGUUAGGGCCCUGGGCUACUGAACUCCGCAGACCCCAGCCAGGAGCCCCCGGCCUCAAAAUGAUCUACGCUCCAACGUAGGCCAAGUGGUCGCCCUCCUCGAAGUUCCAGGCAAAAUAUAAACCUGAGAAAAACUACAGAGCUGGAGGAAAAGCCGGAAGGCCACGGCCUCGGCCAUGCCCAGGUCUCUAUCACCAGACCAGCUCCAGUCACGCUGCAGAAAAAUCGGCAGACGGGGAUCUUUUGGAGCUCAACCAUCUUCCCAAUGGCUGAACCAUGGAAAUACCUCCCUGAAGAAUUACUGUCAUUGAUCUUCCGAUACUUACCCCUUCGCGACCGAUAUUCCGUUUCCCAAGUCUGCCAGGCUUGGGCCACUGCUGUCAACUCAAGCUCUGUGUGGUACAUCACAGAUAUCAGCUGCGAACUGGAGGCAGACGCGGCUGCCUUGAAUAGUCUGUCCCCCUGCCUGGGUCAGAUCCGCCACCUGGGGCUGGAGUUUGACCCGUCCAAGGAAGGGAGCCGGAGGGCAGCCACGGAGCUCCUAACUGCCUUGGCCCAGCAGGGCCCCGGCCUGCAGGGGCUGCGUAUUGUUUGCAGAGGCGAGAACCCGCUCUUCUACUCUGGCCAAGACAUCCUGAACGGACUGCUCCAAGUGUGCACAGCGCGGCCGCUGGGUCCCUGCGCGCUCCAACAGCUGGAUCUCCGAAGCAUGCCUUUCACCCUGGACGACGGAUUAGUGCUGCAGGUGGCGCGGAACUGCCCGGAGCUCCGAGGUCUUUUCCUCAACAACAGGACGCUGGUAUGCAACGUGCGACCGGAGACGGUGCGCACCAUCCUGGCUGCCUGCCCUCACCUGUGCGCGCUCGGUCUCUACUACGCCAGCCUGUCAACUCAGGUGCUGGCCACCCUGGCCGAGAAGGGCCGCCCGCCUUUCCAGCACCUGGCCGUGUUCUGCGCCCGGCUAGACAAGUACGCCGAGGACAUACCCGACGACGCGUGGAUCGCGGCCCGAAGGCGUCACCCGGGGCUCGCGGUGGAUCUUGAGCUGGACCAUACGGUGCCCGAUGAGCGGGUCACCCUCGUCCUGCAGCCCACCAUCCCCGUGACCACACUGAGGCUCAACACGUUCGGCGAGGUAGCUGAGGCAGUGCGCCUCGCAGGCCGCCACUACGCUACCACCCUGACAGCCCUGGUAGUGCGCGCCACAGCGUCGGCCGCCCUGAACUCAGCGCUGGAGGAGCUGGCCCGGGGCUGCGGCCACCUGCGCGAGGUGCACUGCUACUGUGUGGUGACACCCGCUGUAGUGAGCGCCUUCCUAACCCAUUGCCCCUGCCUCCGCAGUUACACGCUCAAGGUCACUCGGGAGCCGCACCCUUGGCGGCCCAAAAUUGUCAGGUGACAAGCUUGAACCCCAGGCUGAGAGGAACCGCGGAAUCUGCACUGCGGCUUUCCUAACCCUACAGCUAAUCUAGACAGAGUGUUGUGGUGGAAAGAGAUCAAGUUCAAACCCACCUCUACCUCUUAUGUGCAAUGUAACCUAAGGCGCGUUCCUUCCUUACCCUAGGCCUCAUUUUCCUUCUCUGAAAAGAAGGGGUUUGGAUUAAUUCAUUUCUAAAAUCCCCUCCAGUUCUAGAUUCCAGGAUCUGCGCUGAGAGGGAGACAGACAUGCUAAUCCCAACUUCGUGGAUUUUAGGGCUCUUAGCUGCAUGAACAAGAGGAAGGACAUAUCUGUUAAGUACUUGCUAUGAGUGCCUAUGGGGUUAGAACCACAAAAAGUCACAUCCUGGGAGGUGGGUGGGUGGGGGGAGAUUCAGAAACCACUUAGUUCGGCUCCCUCUUUUUAUAGAUGGGAUCCAGAGAGAAUAUUGAAGUCACCCACGGCCACACGAAUAGGUGCCGGAGAAUUGGAGCCUCUGAGGUGGACACCAUCUCAGGCAAUAUGGUUUUCUAAGACCUGGGCCCUAGAAUCUCCCAGUAGCUAGGUUUCUCGACAGAAUAUGCUCUUCCCUAGUUCAGGAGCCCUCCCUUUCUACUGGAUCCUGACAGGCAGUGAAAUGUAGUGGUGAGAACACUGGAAUGAAUUACAAUCACACAAUUCCUCUACUCAAA